ACAAAUUAGGAUAAUUUUAUUUUAUAUUUUAUUAAAAUGUCUGCCAAGUGUAUUACUAGUGUUCUGUACAGUCCAAGUGCAUGUAGUAGGUAUUAGUAUAGUAUUUCAAAUUUUUAAUGAAGCUAUAAAUAAUAAAUAGGUACCCGAUCGGUUGGCAUAUAAAUAACUGUAAAAAUUGAAUUGAUAUGUGCGGACAAUGAGUAAAAAAUUUUUUUUUAUUAUUAUUAAACAAAAUUUUAAAAUGUUGAUAUGUUAGUCUUGUGAGACCUACUAUAAGAUACACCAUUAGGUGUUCAAACUCACUGUCUACUACUAUAAGGUACUUAUAAUUGUAUUAUUAUUUUAAAGUCUAUUAUUAGAAUUUUAUAAAUCUGUUUAAAUACCUAGUUACUUACCAACUAAAAAUUAGAAUAUAUUUAUAGUGCACAAGAACAACUUAUCGUGAAUUUUGUAUUAAAUGUUGAAGUAUUUUCGAUAAGUAAAAAAAAUUGAAUCCAAAAAAAAAAAAAUCAAGAAUGUUAAAUGACUAUAAAUAACCCAAAAAUCACUAGAAUGGUUUUAAUAUUGUAGAUCUAAAAAGGACAAGUAUUCAGUACAAAAUCCAGGUUUCUAAAAAACAAAAUAGAAAAUGAUAGAUACCAUUAUAGUUAGUCAAUUUCUCAGUUAUUUUCCCAUUACUAAAAAAGUUACAAGAAAAAUCAAAAAAUGAUGUACCUACUCUGCAAUAAAUACUCCAAUUAGCUAAAUACAUAAUUGAUUUUUGAUCAGAGCAAGAUUUCUGGUAGAAAAGUGGUUAACAAACUUAAAAAUUAAAUAAGUUCUCUGUCAAAAUUUCAAAUCUACGAAUGUUUCAACAGAAUUGCUACAAAAAAAAAAAAAAAAAAAAUUGAAAAAAUAAGAGUAUAAUUUUCGUAAAUCUUAUGAUUCUUUCUGGGGUUUAUAGAUUCUUAACGGAGCUAGGAAUGUAUUGGUUUUUCGAUGUUUAUUUUACUUUUUUUUCUGUGGACAAAUUUUUUUAUCAGCAAUUUUGCUCCGAAAUUUAUUUUUCUGAAACGAAAUCUGACUAAGGUGGUACUUUAGGGAGGUUAUUUUUUAAUUUUUCCAGGGGUUUUCAUGAUAAAUGGGAAAAAAACGAGAGAAUAUAUGAAAUGUAUUAUUUUCAAAUCGUAAAUAGUACGGCCUUUUAAAACGUGUAUAACCGAACUCCGCCAGAAUCAUUUUUCAAUAGAAAAGAUUAAUAGUUGUUAACAGGUAUACUUUAAAUUCCCUUCUAUAUCGUACCUUUCCAACGUGGCAACAUAGUGGCCAUUGUGCGAAAUAUGUCAGUCUUAUUUUUUUUUUCGGUUUUGGUAAAUUAUUAAAAAAAUUAAAAGGAAAAUCAAAAAACAACUUUCUAACUCACUAACUAGAUCCAAAAUUCAACAAAAAAGAUAGAUUAGCAUUAUUCUGUUGGAGCGAUAUUUCUGAUAAAAUAUUAGAAAAUAUUUACGAACUAUGUUUUCUAGAAGAUUUAAAAUUGCUUUAAUCAAAAAAGGACAAAUGAUCUUUUUUGUUGCACUCAAGAGGUACUUGAGUCUUUUUCUUUAUUCAAGUAGUUUUCAUAAUAAAUGGGAAAAACUAAAACAAAAAACAAGAAAAGAACAGGAAAGUUUAUGUAAACAAAUAGUUUUCUAUUUUAAAUUUUGUUGGGAAAUUUAUGUUUGUCUCUUCUGGACGUUGUAAAAAUUUCUCUCAGUUUUGAAUCUUAAACACACAUUGUAGGAUUUCCAGUUUUUCGAACUAUUUAUAAAACAACAUGAAAAACCAAAAAAAAGUUCACUUUCCACUAUUUGAUUGGAAAAAGAUUUCUGUUAAAAAAGUUGCACACAGGCACAAAAAAUAAUUAGUACACAUCUUAGUAAAACCAAUAAAUUUGUCGUUCGCUCAAAAGUUAAAAAUAUGAUUAAAUACUUCGUAGUUAGUACAUAACUAAUACGAAACCAUACGUUUAUACGUUUACGUCACGUAUUUGGUAAAUUCAUUUGAUUCGUGGAGCGUCAAAUCCGCGAAACCGUUUAUUUUACAGCGAAAUCAUUACUUAUCCAUUGUGGUAAUAGCCAUAUUCUUUCCUGGGUAAUUUGGUUUGCUGAUACGAUGAUUCGAGGACGGGUAGUCGUAGUAAGGAAAAAAAUUCCGUAAUGUAAUAUUUCUGGAAAAUAUCAAUGGUUUCUAGAAAAACGUUAAAACGUUUAUAACGCAAAAGAGAAACUGGGAAAAUUCGGGAAAGCAGGCAAGUCAGGGAAGAUAAAUACUUUGGAUCUAAAAGGUUGGACGAAGAAAAAAGACUGGUGGAUUAAAAACAAUAAGUGAUGACAUAUUGGAAAAACUGGAGGUUACCAUUUAGAACCAUUGGUUUAACUUAAUUACGAAAAUUGGACAUUCCGGAUAUUGUAGUCAGGGAUUGUAUGUUCCAGGAUUUUAUCAUUCCGGAGAACUAUGGCUAAGGUUAGGUUUGGUAACCUGAUAAUUACUUAAAAUUGUUUGAUCAUUGAAAAUUUGAAAAUUCACUUUUCUAAAUAUCAUUUGUGCCCUAAUUUGAAUCUAUUAAUAAUAGAUCUAUAUGGAACUUUGUCUUUAUUAGGUUGAAAAAAAUAUCAUGUAAUAAAAAAACCUAUUAGGUACAACUGAUUAUUGUAAAAUCCUAAUAUUCCAAUUAAAGUUUAAAAUAAAUAAUAGUAAGUAUAUGUAUAGAUUUUGGCAAUGGACAAUUUCAAGGUUUAUUCAAGAUCGCCCAAUUUUGUAAUUGGCAACAGCUAGCACUUCUAUAAAUAAUAAUGUGGCACAAAAAUAAUAGGAACUUCCUAUUAGUCUUCUUUUACAGCAGAUCCUGUAUAAUAACUAUUCAAACAUGACGACCGUCUUCGCCCGAAUAGUAAAGUUUUCAAUUGCUUACCCAGUUACCAGGGGAAUGGCUUCAUAUGCAGUUAUAUGGCCAAGUGGAUGUCUUUUACAGCAAUUGGCUUUUGGAGAUGAACAAUUUGACUAUAUGAGAGCAGCUCGGUUUGGACUUUUUGGAGCGUUUUACGUGGCUCCAACCUUAAAUGCUUGGCUAACUGUUGCACGUUACUUAUAUCCAAAGAAUGAUAUCCGUAGUGCAAUUAUAAAAGUGAGCUUAAGGGUUCAAUUAAGAAUAGUACUUAUUUAUAAUUGAAGUUAAUAUUUACUAGGCACUUUUGGAACAAGUAACAUAUUCACCAUGUGCAAUGGUGAGUUUUUAUUUUGGUAUGUCUUUACUGGAAGGGAAGACGGUCGAGGAAGCGAAAAAAGAAGUAGAGAAAAAGUUUUUGCCUACAUACCAGGUACAAUAUCUAAAUAUUAUUUUUACUAAUAAUAAUACAUUGAUGAUUAGAACAUACUUAAAAUAAACAAUUGAUAAUUUUUAUAGAUAUAAAUUGAGAGACUGAUUUGAAUUUAUUAUAAAUAAUAAAGCUUUUGUAAACAUAAAUACUAUUACAAUAAUUUAAAAUAUCUUAAAUCCAUUAUGGUUAUAAUUAAUUAUAAUUAUACACAUUUAGUGUUAUAAAUUAUGAUAUUUUCUGAUGGUAUUCAUUCUGAGUUUUAUAAUUUAAAAUUUAUAAUAAAUGUAUUUGUUUCUUAUUCAAUUAAAAACAACACAAUACAAUUAUAUUUAUUACAUUUAAGUUUACAUGAAAUGAAGAUAAGUCUCAAAAACUGAAAACUACUUUAUUCUAUGUAAUAUUUAAUUUGGCAAAUAAAUAUGUCAAUUAUAUUAUCAAAUUAUUAAAUACUUAACUAUAUUUCAUAUGCAUAACUAAUGCAUUAAACAAGAUUGCCGUUGUAUUAGUAGAUAAUAAAUAUUAUUUAUAUUUUAUUGUUAAAAAUCCAAAACAUAACCCAUUUUAAGACGUGUAAAGGGUUACCUUAUCAUACCCAAAAUGUAUAAAAAUUAUUUUCAGAUUACGGGUUAAGAAAAAAACAUGUUAUUGCCCAUAAUUAGUAAAAAAACCUAAUAAUAAAAUUAUUAUAUUUUAUACUAAUUAAAAAGUAUAUACAAGAGUAUGUUUCGAAUACUCUUUUGAACACUAUAUUUUUAAUAGGUACUCUGUAAUCUGUAUGUAUUUAUUGUUUUAAUAAUUACAAUACAAUUAGAGAUAAAUUUUGACUUUAAAACAUUAUUUUAAAGUUUUUUAAUUCCUUCAGCUAAAAUAGAAUAGCAACUUUAAUUUAUCCUGUAUUUACUUAUUUUACAUAAUUGUUACAGGUAGGUGUAGUUGUCUGGCCCAUACUGCAAGUGUUCAAUUAUACAAUGGUUCCAGAAAAAAAUAGAAUUCCAUUUGUUAGUUUAUGCAGUUUAGCUUGGAGUUCAUUUUUAGCAUACAUGAAUCAUUGUAAUAAAACUGAAAACAUACUAAUUGUUAAGUGAAAAACCAAAACACAUUCCAAAAAAAAAAAAAAAAAAUCUGUAUUAUAAUUGUAAUCACCCUAAUUGUAACUAUAUUAUAUUCCCCUCCCUUUAAAAAAAUAAAAUAAAAAUCUGUAUACUAAUAAUAGAAGUAUACUAUUCAAAAAGUUUAAAAUAAAAUUGAUUUUUUUUUGUUAAAUCAAAGGAAACAUAAAAACAAGAAAAAUAGUAGUAGUAGGAAAAGUGCAUAAAGAAACAAUUAUCAUAAAUAUAAAAUUAUUUUUAAGUGUAUAUUAUAUUAUAUAAAAAUAACUGUAUUAUAUUUUUUAUGAAAUAUAUAUAAUUAUAAUCAUUAUCAGUAUUUAUUUAUACACUUAUAGUUCUAAAAACAUUGAAACCUGUUUGUGCAGUACUUAUUAGAGCCCCAGUAAUUUGCGGAUGCCAAUGGAGCUCUUUGAUAUGUUCUUGUCCUUGAUGAAUGAAUAAGAGUUGAGGUGGUAUUUCC